CCCAAGUGUGUCUUAUGGAGCGAAAUAGUGCCCCAUCAUUGGUGUCAGUGGGAAGAAUAGUUCCCUAUCAUUGGUGUCAGUGGGAGGAAUAGUGCCCCAUCAUUGGUGUCAGUGGGAAGAAUCGUGCCCCAUCAUUAGUGUCAUGGGAGGAAUAGUGCCCCAUCAUUGUUGUCAGUGGGAAGAAACAUGCCCUAUCAUUGGUGUCAGUGGAAAGAAACAUGCCCCAUCAUUGGUGUCAGUGGGAAGAAACGUGCCCCAUUAUUGGUGUCAGUGGGAAGAAACGUGCCCCAUCAUUGGUGUCAGUGGGAAGAAUGGUGCCCCAUCAUUGGUGUCAGUGGGAAGAAUGGUGCCCCAUCAUUGGUGUCAGUGGGAAGAAUUGUGCCCCAUCAUUGGUGUCAGUGUGAGGAAUAGUGCCCCAUCAUUGGUGUCAGUGGGAGGAAUAGUGUCCCAUCAUUAGUGUCAGCGGGGGGGGGGGAGGAAUAGUGCCCCAUUGUUGUUGUCAGUGAGGGGGGAGGAAUAGUGCCCCAUUGUUGUUGUCAGUGAGGGGAGGAAUAGUGCCCCAUCGUUGGUGUCAGGGGGGGGGGGAAUAG